AUGACCGAGUUGGGGCAAGCAACAGGAGAAAGGAGUCGCCAAGAAGAAGAUGCUAUUACUACUACUACUAGCGACAGGUUAAGCCAUCUUCCGGACUCCAUCAUUCAUCAAAUCCUUUCGUUGCUCGACGACACCAAGUCCGCCGUUCAGACCUGCAGUCCUGUCUCUCUCCGCAAUCCCGUUAUCGAUGCCCUCAAGAUCAGCUACGCCGACGAGGAGUGUUACGAGCGGAGAAACCGUAAAUUGCUGGCUAGGGUUAUUCAAUACGCGGCUUCCCAUGGUACUCAACACCUCGCGAUUGACGUGUCUAAGUUACCGAUAACCCUAGAUAUUCCGGACGAGAGUUUCAGGUUCUCCCAGUUCUUUGCCCCGAUUUUGAAUUCGAAUUUCAAAACCCUAGAAUUUAAAGGUUACGUUGUCCUGGACAGUGGGAUGGGAUCUCCUGGUUUCCAUAACGUGACUACAUUAGAAUUGGACGGCUGCCUGCUGGGGUAUGAUGCGAUACAGGAAUGGGAUCCUGAUCCCUUUUCUAAUUUCCCUUGUUUGGAAAAUCUGGUCUUGACGGAUUGCAACUAUGGCUCUAUUUUUGACAAUGGCAAAAUGAGUUUGAGGAUCUCCGGGCUCAGUUUGCUUAGCCUGAAACUCGUGGCCAUGACUGAUUAUAGUUGUAAGAUUGAAGUAUUUGCCCCGAAACUCAAGUUCUUCGGUCUCUGCGGUUGGGGGCUGUACAAAGGAUUCAAUGGUAUAAGCCUUCCUUCCCUUGAGCAUGCCUAUGUUAAUGUUUAUGGCCUGGACAGCAAGAAGCUAGGUAGAAAGGAACUUGUGGAGCGAGAUUUGAUCCCCUUGUUCCGAUCUUUGAGUAAUGCAAAAUCUCUAACGCUGCAUUCCCGGACCAUCUUGAUGCUAAGUGAAUUCUAUGAGUUGCUGGAACAACCAUCUCCGCUUAAGAGGCUGAAGUCAUUGAUCGUGGAUGGUGACAGUAUACCUCGCAAACUAAUCGAUUAUUUCCUUAAAGGUGAUAUGAAAACAGGGGAUCACCCUGGGUUGUCAAUCCGUAGGAGUUAA